AUGAAAAACGGCAUAUUGCUUAAAAAUGAGUUAUCAUUUUCGGGAAUCAAAAAACUUUUACUUCAAUUAGAUGAAUUGUAGGAAUUAUAUCUAGCUAUAAUGGAAUAGACUUAGAUAUAAUUAUAGAAUAUAAACUAUUACUCAGAUUGUAAACUCAAUAUAACUUAAAUUUACUCAUCCAAUAAGCCACUUGAAUUAAUAGAAAAAUUGUAAAAUUAUUUAAUCGAAAUGAAGCAUCAGAAGAACCCAAAAUACAUAAAAUUGAAUAAAAAAUCAAAAUAACUAAUAAUUAGUUUAACAAAAGCAAAAUCUGUACAAUAACAAAUCAAUUAAUACUUAGAAAUACUUUCUAAUCUUGUAAAAAAGCUAAAGUAUAAAAAGGAAUGCUAAAUUUUAAUUACUUCGAUUUCGUUGAUAUUAAAAAAACGAUAAAAAUUUCAGCUUAAAUUAUUAUAAAAACAUAAUCAACUUUCAGAAAACUUAAAUUCAAUUUCACAGCUAGUAAUAAAUUAAGAAAAUGUUAAGGACAAUAUGAAAUAAUUUCUUGAGAUUAAAACCUUGCAAAACAUUUUAGAGUAGAAAGUGGGUAUCAAAAGCAAAAGAAAAAAAUAAGAAAUAGAAUCAUUAUCCAAAACUAUCAAAAUAAAAGAGGAAUAUGAACAUUCAAGUUUUUUUCAAGAUAAGCAGAUUAAUUAAUAAUAGUAUUAAGGCUAAUAGUAAAUGUAUUACAAUAAUUUCAUCUAUCAAAUGUAUCAGUCGUAUUGUUACUUCAAUUAGCUUUAGUAAACUAAAUGUAAUAUCUGGAAUUCGUAGUUACUUUAUAAUUAGAAUCCUUUCAUGUAUCACUACUACCCUUAAUUUCAAUAAAAUACCUAAUAAUAAAUAUGA